UGCGGCUUCCUCCCCUCUUUCCCUCUUUCUCGGCUUCUCUCUGCCUCCAGCCCUUUUCUCCUUCUCCUCGUCCCCCCUCCCCCUCCCCGGUCGCCCUCCACUGCCCCUGUUAUCACAGCUCCAGAUGUCCAAGCGUACUGGCCGCAAGAGGAUCCUCAAGGGUGAGGCCGACGCCGAGCAGCUUCCCUCAUCGGCCCUGCCCGGAGACGAGAGCUCCACCCUGCUGGCCGCCUCGAGCCCUGCCGGCGGGCAAGACCGCCUGACUGGCGACCCGCCAGUGCAAGGGGAUCCCGCCGAUGAUGCUGCCCCGGAGACCAGCUCGUCGUCCUCGCCGGCGCAGCAUGCGCCCGAUGGCCAGGCGCUGCCCGAUCCGGCGGCUGCGCUCGCGGUUGCUCCUCAGCCUGCGCCUCCGGCGGUCCCCCUGCCCACAACCAUGCCGGAGCUGCUGGUGUCCCAAGUGUUCCCGCUGAUUCGUGACGCCUCAUCCAUGAUCUCCGAACUUGAAUCCAGCCAGCUUGCGUUGCUGGAGGAGCUCCGCCAGGCGUCAGCCCGCUGGGGAGACGCCGCGGAUCCCACCCGCUCGGCCUUUCCGCCCGAGGUCAAAAAGGCCCUCCAAGAUGCCGGGCCACAGACCGCCAGACUGCUGGCCCUCAAGGCCGAGAUGGACCGCCUCACAGCUCUCUCUGGACGCCUUUCCCAGCGUGCCAUCCGCUUGCAGCGCCGUCGCCAGGAAAGCGAGCACAAUGACGAGCUGGCCCUCGUCAAGUACCGCAAUGAGCAGCGCGCCGAGACCGAACGUCUGGCCGCUCGGGUGGUCAACGACCCUGCCCCGCGGUCUAUGUAAGCUGGGGGGCGGUGCCUUGCCUGGUGAAAUAAAUACAUUGAAAACACA